AUCCGGUCACAGCUCGGCCAACCCACAGAAGAACAGUCGUGCCAGCCACUGCCACCCUGUAGUGCUGGCUCUAGUCGCUGUAGUGCUAGUCGGAUAGUGUAGUGGUGUAGUGUCGGAAGGGUUAUAGUGUUGGCCUGGGAAGUUGUGGGCAGGUGAAGUGUUUUUGGAGGACGCAGAAGCUGAGCCAGGAAGUGGACGAGCUGUUUCGCCUAUUCGCUUUCUGUUGUCGGCCUACAUGCUGGCAGAAGAAAUGUGACGCCUGAAGAGGAUAUUUUGAAGGCAGCGUGACGGAGAGUUACAUAUUUUGGUGAAGAUUCACCUGAGCUGAGCUGAACUCUGAGCUGCAGCUGUCCAAGCUGUGAUACAAACUAGUCUGAUUGAUCCUCAGUUCCUUCUAGUCUUCUUUUUCAUUUUUUUCUUCAAUAUUUGUCACGUUUUUGUGACCAACCACAUCAUAUACCCUUUCAUUGCGAUUUCCUGUCGUUUCGUGACACUUUUCGCACCUGUCUGUAGCAAUCCUACCAUCCCACGUUCCUCUUUGAUAUUCCAUCGUCCCCCUUCCGGAACCCUGGUAUCACGAUGCCGGGCGGUUCGGGUGCCGGCUGGUACGCCACCCUCCGGCGAAAGUCCCGCAGAGUGCGCGCCACCCUGCGCCCCUCCCCCAGCCAGGCCACCCUGCGGCCCGCCCCCAGCCAGGUCAGCCUCAGCUCAGCUGUGGGGCAGGCCAUGUGGCAGUGGGGCGGCUGGGGUCAGGGUCGGGGUCAGACCGGGCCGCCGGCCGACCGGUCACAGGUCACAGGUCAAGGUCACAGGAGGUCAGUGGCCGUGGGCGGCCUGAGGCGGAGUCGAUCCGAGAUGGAUUUCAGUCUGCUUCAGCAACUGAAGGAUGAAAUCAGCGAGGUGGCCAUGGACAUGGAGGCCGUCGAGACCGGCGAGGACGGCAAAGCGGACCAGAAGAAGAAGCAGCUGUCCAUCGGUCGGAAGAAGUUCAACAUGGACCCCAAGAAGGGCAUCGAGUACCUGAAGCAGCACGAGCUGCUGCAGGACACGGCCGAGGACAUAGCCGAGUUCCUGCACAAGGGCGAGGGACUGAACAAGCGGGCCAUCGGCGACUACCUGGGCGAGCGAGCCGACUUCAACCAGGCCGUGCUGGCCGCCUUCGUCAACCUGCACGACUUCAGCGACCUGAUCCUGGUCCAGGCCCUGCGGCAGUUCCUCUGGAGCUUCCGACUGCCGGGGGAGAGCCAGAAGAUAGACAGGAUGAUGGAGUGUUUCGCCAAGAGAUACUGCGAGCUCAACCCGGAUAUAUUCACCAGUGCUGACACCUGCUACACGCUCAGUUUCGCCAUCAUCAUGCUGAACACGUCUCUGCACAACCCCAGCGUCAAGGAUAAGUUUACCGUGGACCAGUUCAUCAAUAUGGUGCGCGGCAUCGACCAGGGAGGUAACCUGCCGCGGGAGCUGUUGGUUAGCCUUUACGACAGCAUCAAGUCUGAGCCGUUUAUGAUUCCGGAGGAUGACGGCAACGAUCUGAUGCACACCUUCUUCAACCCGGACAAGGAGGGGUGGCUCUCCAAACAGGGAGGCCGUGUGAAGUCGUGGAAGCGGCGGUGGUUCAUCCUCAACGACAACUGCCUCUACUACUUCGAGUACACCACGGACAAGGAGCCACGGGGCAUCAUACCGCUCGAGAACAUUCAGGUUCGCGUGGUGGAUGACCGCAGCAAGCCCAACUGUUUCGAACUGUACGCCUCUGGCACCGACUACAUCAAGGCCUGCAAGACGGACAACGACGGAAAGGUGGUGGAGGGGAAACACACGGCCUACAGAAUGUCGGCGGCCACCCAGGAGGAGAUGAACGAGUGGAUCAAGACGAUACAGCAGAGCAUCAGCCUCAACCCCUUCUACGAUAUGUUGGCGGCACGAAAACGAAAAGCACAAAAGCCCCCACCGCGGUAACACGGGCCGCGCUAGUGGCGCUGUCUGUGGCGGACUUGUGAAAUAAUGUUGUAUAGGUGGCGCUGCACACACUGUAAAUGAAAUCCAAUGCGAGUGCUACUAAAGUGGAAUAUUUGCCGGCGCGACAUGAAAGAAGAGAGUUGUUCAGCGCGAUAUCUCCUGAUUUCGGAGGUGCAAUGUUAUGUGCUAUUUCUACGGCGCCUCGCUGACCUGUCGUUGCAAUGGUAACGCGCCACGAAGCCCAAUGGACCUCUGUCGCGCUGCGCGGCACGUGUGCUAUACGUGCGCCUCGGCCCCGUUUUAGGGCCUCAUUCCGUUGUGAGUCUGGGAGUCUGUCCAUGCGAGUAUGAGCGAGUGACACAGUACAAAGGAAUACAGACGUGUGCCGGUGGUUUGGUCGAUUGGGAGUGCUGGAGUCUAUGGGCUGAGCUGGGACCGACUUGUACGCGAAUGUGAAUAUACAUACACAAUACACUGGCUUCACCGGCA